CUGGGCAUAGGAACUGCAUGAAGAAGUUUUUCCAAACUUGCUUUCCUCUUAAUCCAUGCUUGUAAUUUGGAUGAAGUAGACCUGGGACGGAGCCCUGGAAUCUGCAUUUCAAUAGAGCUUCCAGAAGAUUCUGAGGCUGGCAGCCUUAGCCUUUGACUUUGAGCAGCUCUCCAUGGCAACUGCCAGCGUCCCUGCUUUGGAAUAAUCCUCUUUAGCUCCCAGCGCACAGUCAAGGAAUUUUAAAAACAGAGGACUUUGAAACCACCAAGUAGUCUCUGAGAUUUCAAAGGCCGCAGAGCUUCAGAUAAAUAAUCAUUUAUCUCUCUUAAGAAAUUCCUCUGCUUAUGAAUUUAUCCCAUUAACAGCCACCCACUCAUCCCUGUCCAAGACAGACUCAAGGUAAAGAAAGAAUGGAAAUGUGCAUCUGGACAAAGCUUUUGGUACCUGGGGUGCCUUUGUUCCUUCUACUCAGUCUUGCCCCCUGUACUGCGACAGACAAACCUUCAACCCAGGACAGCAACAGCACUGGGCAUCAACUGACAAAAAUACUACGAGUUCUCAGCGCUGGUGACCACCCACCCCUCAACCACUCCAGGAGCCUCAUCAGGACGUUGUUGGAGAAGACUGGGUGCCCACGGUCACGUGGAGUGCAAGGAGAUUGUCACCUGUGUUUUGAACCAGAUGUCCUGUUACUAAUAGCUGGGGGAGAUUUUGAAGAGCAGCCUCCAGAGGAGAUGGUCCAGAGGGUUUCUCUUCUCCUCCUCUAUUACAUUACUCAUCAGGAAGAGAUCUGUUCUUCAAAGCUCAACAUGAGUAAUAAAGAGUACAAAUUUUACCUACACAGCCUACUGAGCCUUAGGCAGGAUGAAGACUCUUCCUUCCUUUCACAGAACGAGACAGAAGAUAUCUUGGCUCUCACCAGGCAGCACUUUGACACUUCUGGGAGGCAGUGUAUGGAAACAAAAAUGCUGCAGAAGAGAUCGGGAAUCCUGAGCGGCCGCGGGGCCGACGAGAACACCCUUCCUCGGCUGGCCGCUGCCAUCAUUGCUCUGUCCCUCCAAGGAGUUUGUUUGGGACAAAGAAACGUGCCUUCCUCAGACUAUUUUACUGAAUAUAUUUUCCGUUUCUUCAACAGUACAAGUGCUCUCCACCUAUCGGAACUGGAACAACUCUUCAGGAUUCUUUGGACCAAAAGAAUCUGUCACAAAAAGGAUGAAAUCCAUCAACCUCGAAGGAAACAAGGCCACAUAAAGGUCCAUGAUUGGGAUCACCCUAACUUUUCUGUAGCUGUAUCUGUGGACAAAGAAUCAGAUGAUGGUCCAGUUUCCUGGGAUCAGACUUGCUUCUCUGCUGGGCAGCUGGUGGAGAUAUUUUUACAGAACAGCCUUUCACCCAUUUCUAAGGAGGACUUCAAGCAGAUCAGCCCAGGGAUCAUCCAGCAACUCCUGAGCUGCUCUUGCCAGCUGCCCAUGGACCAACAAACAAAACAUCCACCUACCACUCUAGAGAGAUACGGCUACAGCACAGCAGCUGUGAUGCUUCUCACGCUGGGCUCCAUGCUUGGGACUGCGCUCGUCCUUUUCCACAGCUGUGAGGAGAACUACGGCCUCAUUCUGCAGCUCUUCGUGGGCCUGGCUGUCGGGACGCUCUCAGGGGAUGCUGUACUUCACCUUAUCCCUCAGGUUCUUGGUUUACAUAGGCAGGAAACUCCAGAAUUUGGACAUUUCCAUGGAAGCAAAGGUCAUAUUUGGAAACUUUUGGGAUUGAUCGGAGGCAUUCAUGGAUUUUUCUUGAUAGAAAAAUGUUUUAUUCUUCUCGUAUCACCAGAUGCCAAGCAGGGUCUGACCCUGGCUGAUGGGUACAUGGGCCACUCCCAUCACCUUGCACUCAACCCUGAAGUAAGUGACCAGCCGGGCAGAGGCAAGUCUGUGUCCACUAUCCAGCUGAAAGGCCCAGAAGAUUCACAGACAGGUGAAAUUUCUGUAGCCGGUAUGACAACCUCCAACAGAAAAUCCAAGGCCAUUAGCUUAUUAGCGGUGAUGAUACUGGUUGGCGACAGCCUGCAUAAUUUUGCAGAUGGCCUCGUGUUAGGAGCGGCCUUCUCAUCAUCACCCGAGUCGGGAGUGACCACGACAAUUGCCAUCUUGUGUCAUGAAAUUCCACAUGAAAUGGGAGACUUUGCUGUACUCUUAAGCUCUGGACUUUCUGUGAAGACUGCCAUCCUGAUGAACUUUAUAAGUGCGCUCACUGCCUUCGUAGGACUGUACAUUGGCCUGUCGGUGUCUGCUGACCCGUGCGUCCAGGACUGGAUCUUAACAGUCACUGCGGGCAUGUUCUUAUACUUAUCCUUGGUGGAAAUGCUUCCUGAAAUGACUCAUGUUCAAACAGGACGACCCUGGAUGAUGUUUCUUCUGCAAAACAUUGGAUUGGUCCUAGGUUGGCUCUCUCUCUUACUCUUGGCUAUAUAUGAACAAAAUAUUAAAAUAUAAAUGAAGAUUCUCAAAAUCCUUCAGAAGUGAAUUUAUAGGACCUCCUUUCAUCUCUUUCAUUGUACUUAACAGUGAUUAGUAAACUAAAUAUUUUUAUCUUAGGUGAAGACUGCAUCUUUUAGUUCAUUAAUUUAUUAAUUUUAUAAUGAACUUUUGUUCUGGGUGAAUACACAAAAGAUCUGACUGUCCUUCAUGGAAAUUUUGUUCGUAUCCAACACUGUGAUGGAACUUCUGCUUUUCUUUUUCUUUUCUUUUCUUUUUUUUUUUUUUUUUUUUAAUCAUAAAAAAAAUUUAAAAAAUAGUGUUUCUCUAAGAAAGAAUGUAGUAUUUGAAGUAGACAGAUGUCUGUUGGGGAUAAAAUCAGGUAUAACUGCUUUGAUGUAAAAAAUGUGCUUUAUUUUCCCUCUGUGAAAUUAUAAACCCACAGAAAACUAAUGAUAAACAAACGUAAUAAAGGCAAGUUUUAACGUGAUGGUUUGCAUUACCUUCUGUUACUGCAUGUCGGGCACCAAGCCCUCUCUUAUAAAGCCAGUGCAGGGUCGUUCACCUGGAAUCAUUACCUACUGACUUCAGAGUGUUCAUGAAUAAGCAAUCCCAGGACCCCCGGAGGAUAGCAUGACAGCAUUCUUCUGCAUAAGUCACGAAAGGAAAUUUGUUCCAGGCAAGAACUUGGAAACAAAAAAUGAAGUUCAAAAAAAAAUUUUUUUAAAAUAACAAACCUUGAGUCAGGCAAUGCCCGGAUGAAUGCCUGGACUCACAUAGAUUGUGUAACAGAGCAGGUUUAUGGGAAUAAUCCUCCUGACAAGUACAUUUCAUGUUUUUUCUGAGGCAACAUAGACUUCUACACAGGAUUUUGGUGGGGAGAGUACAUGACAUGAGCGAGCAACAUUGCUGAUAACCCGGCAAAAAUGUUAAAGUAGAAAAGAGCCUUGACUUUAGUUCCAUUUUUAUUGGAAAAUGGG